CUGGUCUCUGGGAGUGGUCAGGGGUUGGGAGUGGGUCUGGAUUUGGAUCCUGGUCGGGAUUUGGGUCUGGUUCUGAAUUCGGAUCUCAGUCUGGAUUUGAAUCUGAAUCUAGUUCUGAAUUUGACUCAGAGUCUGAAAUCAGACAUGGGUCUCAAAUUAGACCUGUGUCUGGAAUUGGGUUUGGGUCUCAAUCUGGAUCUAGCAUUGAAUCUGCAUCUGAACCAGGAGCCUCUAUGUGGGAUAGCCAGGAGGGAACAGUUUUACCCACAGACCUCAUCGGUUUAGCAGAGAAUGUCAAUGUGCUUGCAGGGAAAGAGAAUGAGAUGCUGGGUAUUGUCAAGGUGGACCUAGCAGAAAGUGUUUUGGAUGAGCACAACAGAACAGCUGAGUGGAAUGGUACGGUUUUCCCCAUAGACAGUCAGCCCGUCCCAAGUGUUAAUGUCUCUCUUGAGACAACUCCCAGUAACAGAAGUAGCAACAGAGUAAUUGACAGUAGCUCUAGUUGGAACGCCAAUAAUUUUAACUCGACAGAGUAUUCUGAUGAAUACACUGUCUCAGGUGAUUUUCUAACCCCUUUUGACAGCAACCACUCUCUCUUAGCUACUAGUGAGACGCCAGCCCCAGACUCCCCACGUUGCUGGCCAAUAGAUUUCCAUUUGCCUUUCUGCAAAUCCAUGGGUGGCGACAGCUUUGUGUUGCCCAACUAUUUCAAUCACAGCAGUGUGAAGGAGGUCCGGGCUGUUUUGGGCUCUUGGGCGUGGCUCUUGAGGACGCGCUGCCACCAUAGCCUGGAGUGGUUUUUCUGCCUGCUGCUGUUGCCCAGGUGCCCCCGGGGCCUGCCACCGCCUUUGCCUUGCCGCAGCGUCUGCGAGGUCCUGCAGGACAGCUGCUGGACAGUCCUCGAUGAGGGCAGCCUCCCUAUGGAGUGCCACUCUUUGCCUGAUGAGGACGAUGGGUAUCAGUGCUUGUCAGUCAGUAACCAGAAAGAUGAGAUCGGUGUCUCCCUCCUGCAACUGAUCGGGGACCCUCCCCCAGACGAGAUCACCAAGAUCUAUGGUCCCGACAACAGCCCCGGCUACGUCUUCGGUCCCGACGCCAACACGGGCCAGUUGGCACGUGCCCAUCUUCCCAGCCCCUUCUACCGGGACUUCUCCCUCCUCUUCAACCUGAAGCCCCAGUCCACCAAGGGCGGAGUCAUCUUUUCGGUCACAGACGCCUCGCAGAAGAUCAUGUAUGUGAGCGUCAAGCUGUCGCCGGUCAAGGCGAACAAGCAGAAUGUCAUCUUCUACUACACGGAGCCCGACUCGCAGGUGUCGUACGUGGCGGCCACCUUCCCCGUGCACAACCUGGCCGACCAGUGGAAUCGCUUCUCCAUCUCUGUGCUGGACGACAAGGUCACCUUCUACAUCAACUGCGACGACCAACCCCAGGUGGUACGCUUCGAGAGGUCCCCGGAUGAGAUGGAGCUGGAGGCCGGAGCCGGGGUGUUCGUGGGCCAAGCCGGAGGGGCCGAUCCCGAUAAGUUCCUGGGGGUGAUUGGGGAGCUGAGGGUUGUUGGAAACCCCCGGGCUGCUGAAAGACAGUGUGAGGAGGAAGGGGACGACUCGGAUGCUUCAGGAGAUGGCGGAAGCUCUGGAAAUGGCCUCCCCUCUUCCCCUCUGCAGAUUACUACCCCUCCGUCAUCACGCCCGAUUCAGCAGCCCCCAGUGACCAGGCAACAACCAGAUUAGCGUUCUCCUCUCAUCCGCAGGGAGCCCAGCCAACAGCGAGUUGCAAGGGGAGAAAGAGGAGAGAAGGGUGACAGAGGAGAGAAAGGAGACAGGGGUCCCAUCGGUCCAAAGGGAGAUUCUGGGUCUGAGUCGGGCACACGAGGAGGGGCACGUGGAGAGAAGGGAGUGCUUGGAGAAAAGGGUAUGAAGGGAAAAGCAGGCUUCGGAUACCCUGGGUCGAAGGGCGACCCCGGCCCCGCUGGUCCCCCCGGACCACCAGGCUCCCCGGGGCCCGCGGCUGAGGUGGUAUCACGUGGCGACAGCUCCGUGAUUCAGACGGUUGCGGGUCCCAGAGGACCAGCUGGAACUCCGGGACCUGCAGGCCCUGAGGGGCCCGCAGGAGCCGACGGAGAGCCUGGUGAUCCUGGUGAAGAUGGUUCUCAAGGCCUUGUUGGACCGCCAGGCUUCCCUGGAACCCCAGGAGACUCUGGGCUCAAAGGAGAGAAGGGUGACCGUGGUGAGGGCCAGCCGGGCCCCAGUGGACCUCCCGGACCCCCAGGACUCCCAGCGCCAUCCAGUCACGACCGGCCCACCUUUGUGGACAUGGAAGGCUCUGGGUUCCCUGACUUGGAGGCUCUUCGGGGACUGCCUGGUUUGCCUGGCCCUCCUGGACUCCCCGGGGCCCCAGGUCCUGCCGUUGUUGGUACAGGGCUCUCGAGCUCGUUUGGCCCCCAAGGUCCUCCAGGACAAGAUGGUGCCCCUGGUCAACCGGGGUUACCCGGCCCACCUGGUACAGAUGGUCGCCCAGCAGUUGCAGGGGCCAGGGGAGAGAAGGGUGACCCAGGUGAACUCGGUCUUCCGGGAGCAGUCGGCGCAAAGGGCGCACAGGGAUUGACUGGUAUCCCUGGUCAGCCAGGACUGGGCGGAUUGGCUGGCCUUCCUGGACCAAUGGGACCAGUGGGACAACCCGGGCCACCAGGACCCCCCGGACCAAGCUAUCACGCUGGCUUUGAUGACAUGGAAGGCUCUGGUGUGGGAGUGGCCAAUGGGGUUCCUGGAACCCGAGGGCCAGACGGACGACAGGGUACUACUGGCAUCCCUGGCCUACCGGGAAAGCCUGGUUUCCCUGGUCCUCCUGGCGAGAUGGGAAAUGAAGGACUACAAGGAAGAGAUGGCCGACCAGGGUUGGACGGUUUCCCUGGACCUAAUGGACAAAAGGGGGACAGAGGAGAAAGAGGCGAAACUGGUCGCGAUGGAAAUGGACAGCCUGGACCACCAGGCCCACCCGGCCCACCAGGACAAAUAAUCUACCAGACCUCCAGCAGCUAUGAUGCUGUCGUUGGAGGAGCUGGGCCCCAGGGUGAAACUGGUCUACCUGGCCAAGCUGGAUUCCCUGGUCCUAUUGGAUCAAAGGGCGACAAGGGAGACCCAGGACAGCCCGGUUAUGGAGUCAAGGGCGAGAAGGGCGAGCCUGGCUUAAUCAUUGGGCCUGAUGGGAGUCCUUUGUACCUGCGAGAAUUGUCGGGUGAGAAGGGAGACAGAGGACCUGCCGGACCCGUCGGGCCUCCUGGGCAGUAUGGACCUUCUGGGAUAAAGGGUGAAUUUGGAAUGCCUGGAAGACCUGGUCGUCCUGGUGUAAACGGAUACAAGGGUGAAAAAGGAGAGCCAUCCACAGGUGCCGGAUUUGGCUACCCAGGUGUCCCAGGCCCACCCGGACCCCCAGGACCACCCGGACCAGCUGUGCCUGUGGACCGCUUCAACGGAUAUGACGCCUCAAGGAAUUAUCGAGCGACAAAGGGGGAGAAAGGUGAUCACGGAGCUCAAGGUCUCCCAGGAACGCCAGGUGUGGCCUCUAACUUAGACAUAUUCGCAUUCAAGAAUGACCUGAAAGGAGAGCGCGGGGAUUCUGGCGUGAAGGGGGAGAAGGGAGAGCCAAGUGGUGGCUAUGAUGACCCCCGUUUUAGAGGACAACAAGGCCCACCAGGACCCCCUGGAAACCCAGGACUUAUGGGUCCAAAGGGAGAUUCAAUCAUGGGCCUCCCUGGUCCCCAGGGCCCACCAGGCUCCCCAGGGAUCGGCUACGAUGGUCGUCCAGGAAUCCCAGGCCCACCAGGUCCUCCCGGGCCCCCAGGGUCCCCCUCACAACCAGGGGCCUAUAGACCUAACCACUCCAUCAAUAUUCCUGGCCCCCCCGGACCUGCUGGACCACCUGGAACUCCUGGUCACACGUCAGGGGUGACAGUUUUGAGGUCAUACGACACGAUGAUUGCUACUGCAAGACGCCAGUCGGAGGGCACCCUCAUCUACAUUGUCGACAAAACAGAUCUCUACAUUCGAGUCCGCAAUGGAUUCAAACAAGUCCUGCUCGGUGACUACAGUCCCUUCUACAGAGAUCUGGACAAUGAAGUAGCGGCUGUCCAGCCCCCCCCUGUCGUCAACUACCCCCAGUCCCAGGAUCACUCGGCCAACAAUGGAGCUGAACACUUCUCCCAAGGCGGUACUGCCACCCACCCCAUCAAGCCUCCUCCUCACAAGCCGGUGGAGAUCCCCAGGCCUGCCAGACCCGACAACCGCAACCCCGACCCCAGAUAUCCCCCUCAGUACGACCCCAGAUACCCCCCUCAGACUGACGCUAGGUACCCCCCUCAGACAGAUGGCCGCUACAGCCAUGUGCAGCCUGAGAACAGGUAUCCCAACCAGCCCGAAAGCCGAUUCCCAGUCACCCCCCAGAGAAGACCCGUUCCCCUUCCUGUUCCCCAGCCUGGCGGUCACUUGCAUACAUCAGGGCCAGGACUCCACCUGAUCGCCCUGAACAUGCCCCAAGUGGGCAACAUGCGGGGCAUUCGUGGGUCAGACUUCCUGUGUUUCCAGCAGGCUCGUGCUGUGGGCCUGAAGGGCACCUUCAGGGCUUUCUUGUCCUCCAAGCUCCAGGACCUCUACAGCAUUGUUCGCAAGUCCGACAGAGACAGCAUCCCCAUCAUAAACCUGAAGGACCAAGUGCUGUUUAAUAGCUGGGAGUCUAUGUUCAGUAAGACUGGGGUCAGGAUGAAGGAAAAUGCACCAAUCUACUCCUUUGAUGGCAGAGAUAUCCUUAGGGACAGUGCAUGGCCUGAAAAAAUGGUCUGGCACGGCUCUAGCAACGAGGGUCACCGCCAGACUGACAACUACUGCGAGACAUGGAGGGCCGGAGACCGCGAGGUGACAGGCCUAGCGUCCUCACUGCAGACCGGCCAGCUCCUACAACAGUUGCCCAGCAGUUGCUCUAGCUCCUACAUAGUGCUGUGUAUCGAGAACAGCUCUCUCUCACACUCCCAAAAAUAAUUUACAAAAACAUCCCUGUCACUUUGGUCCCCAAGUAAACGCAUUACAAGUGUCCAAACAGGCCCAUUCCUCCUCCCUCCGCCCCUAGAAAUAUGACAUCUUUCGAACUGGGUCUGCAGCACUUGCCAUGGCAGAGAAGUUUCCCCAUUGUCUUCUCUAUCCCUUCCAUAAUGCCAAAGAGACGGGUCGAACAGAGAGGUGUUUGCCUUUUUCUCGGGGCAUUGGCACAUAUUUUCCAAGGGGUGGAACAAGAGGAGAGAAGCUAACUGCGGCAGCAUUUUUUUAAAUUGUGUGCGUAAAAAAAUCUGUUUGUAUAUGAUAUGUCUGUUUUGAGUUUUAUUUUAUUCCUGAUUUGAUGUUACUUUUGAAGUGGUCUUUAAAUUUGGUAUAUUCAACCAUUUUAAUGUACCAUUUUCCACAUUUUCAUUUUAUUUUCAUUCCAUUUAAGUCUUGUAGGGUACAGCAACCUUUUUAAAUGAUAUUUUAAGAAUUAAAGAAGAUAAUAGAUAUUUAUUUUUAAAUGAAGUUAUGUUAGAACACACAAUUUGAUUUGGAAUAGUAACACAUGAAAAAUGCCUUAAUCCAUAUUGUAGUCAGCACUUUUUCACAGACUAUUUCAUACAUUUACACAGGUGAGGGUGUUUCUAACCUAAUAUGGAAAACUGUACGUUGCGAAAAGGAGUGUGUGGUUUUAGAAAUGCAUGUCAAAAGAGGUUAUGCUUUGAUGUCAAGAUACUUUUAAAAAUAAGUAAAUAAAACUAAGGUAAGAUAUGAUGACUCUUAGAAUAUAUAUGACUAAUUCCUACAUCUGUAGAAGUUUACUGUAAAUGUCUCCUUGCCAUUUUACAUUUGGUGAACAUUAUGUUUUAUAUGUCCUCAUUGGGCAUAGCCUACACUAAAUUCACCAUACUCAUAUCCAAGACGCAAGUUACAAUGUCUUUCGUAACCGUAAAGCAGAUGCUGAGACAAAUUUGAUGUAAGGGUCAAUUUUGCUUUUAAUCAAAAAAUAUAUAAUCCUGUUGAUAAUAACCUGCCAUUGGGGUUUGAAAAUGUUUUGAGUUCAAUUUGGUCCUAAUCUCUAUUGGAGUGACUGCUGACUGUAUUGGUUGAGGAAACCCAGAUGUAUUUUAUUAAGACACAUUAUAGUGUCUUAAUAAGCAGCCUUGUGUUGAUUAAUUUCUGAGACUAUCUUGGCUAUAGUGCUACUGUUGUGUCUUGACUGAACCAGUAUGAACCUGUGGAUAUUCAUUAUUUUUGUAACCAGUAUGUGCUGUAUCAUUUCUCAGAGGCACUAAAUAAAUGUUAUUGUUUUUUAAUUCA